AUGUGCAUUAGGCACUUGAAAGCGUUGAAAGAUGCGGUCAAGAAUUCCAUCGCCGCCAGGAGAGACUCCAUCAGGACGUCGCUUGUGACCAAGCCAUCACCAGAAGAAGACAAAAAUGCCAGUGUAAGAGUGAUUGAGACCCUCAUUCCUCUGCUCCUAGCCCACGCAGGCCCAUAUGUAGCCGACACCAGCCCAGGUGCGAUUCAAGGCUUGGCGCGGAGAGAAUAUGAGAAAUUCCGACUCAGCGUGGACCCUCUUGAUCUCAGCAGGGACCCGGGUACCUCCAAGUUCUUCUUCCAGAUGAGCCGACUGGAAAUCGAACAGCUUCCCGAGGGUCCCAUCUCGGACCGGGUCCAGAACAACAUGGAGACCAUGCGCGAUGUUAUAGAUCACGGAACGCCAUUCUUUCGAGAACAGGGAUCUCCCAUGCGAGGGCAUGUGCAGAUCCUCGAAUGUUACUUCAGGCAUACCAUCAUUCUUCCCCGCAUCGGCCCGAAGAACCAGAGGGCCAAACUAGCUUUCUUUACAGGCUGGAAGAUGCUCCUGGGCUACUCGCCGAGGUGCAGCCGUCCGUCGCCCAUUAGGCCUGAUUGGGCGUGCACGAAUGGCUGGACCUGCAACGAUAGCCGUUUCCCACACUUCAAGGCAACCAUGUGGACAGAUGCCAAUGCAGUUGAGCAGGAGCCACUCCGCGCCGAGGUGGCCACCAUUCUGGGAAUCAUGGCCGAGCGCCAUAGGGCGGAGGAGCUGCGAGCACACACCAUCAUCCCCGUGCUGCUCGUCUCGUUUGUCGGUCCACGCCACGCUCGCAUUCUCCUGGCGCAUUUCGACGGGGAAAGGCUGAAAAUUGAAAUGUCCAAGCUCCUUCCCAUCACCACAGAUGACAACACGAAUAUGGACACAUUGAUAAGGUGGUGGGCCGCAAAGGUCAACCGGACGGCCACCACCACCGAGCCCUUGAAACAUGCAGUGGAGAAUUUACCCCACAGCACCUCGAAUAAGUGUCCUGACUGA